CGCUGAGAUUCACGCGUGUUUCCGAGCCCCGGACCUGGAGCGAGCCUGAGGGAACCAGAGACACCUGGACCCGGAACGACCCGGACCCAGAGAGACCCGGGAAGACCCGGAGCGACCCGGAGCGCCCGGGAGAUGGAGGAGCGCGCCCGCCUGUGCUCCGUGUGGCUGGGCUCGGAGACCGGGAUCCUGAAGGGGGUCAGCGUGGCCCGGAAGCAGGCCUUCAACUUCUGCAACAGCAGCCACCUGAGCCGGGACCAGGAGGUGCGGGUCCUGGCCUGGGCCGACCCGGACGAGAGCGAGCUGCUGCUGGGCUCGGUGGACGGCUCCGUCAAGACCUUCAGCCUGGAGAAGGGGGUCUUCACGGACACGCGCCGCUGCGGGGACGCGCAGGACGGCUGCUUCACCGGGCUGGGCGCGCUCCCGGGGGGCGCGCUGCUCACCUGCGUGGAGCGCGGCGUCGUGCGCGUGUGGCGCGAGGACAAGUCCGAGCCCGUGACCGAGCUGAACGCGGGCGCGAACGUGUGCAGGAUGCGGCAGAGCCCCGUGAACGCGCAGCGCGUGGCCACCGGGGGUAAGGAGAACGGGCUGAAGCUGUGGGACCUGGAGCGGCCCGGGGGGCCCGUCUUCACCGCCAAGAACCUGCGGGACGACUGGCUGGACCUGCGGAGGCCCCACUGGGUCCGGGACAUGGCCUUCAUCCCCGACUCCGACAAGGUGGUCACCUGCACCGGACACCACCAGGUCCACGUGUUCGACCCGUCCACCCCUCAGCGCCGGCCCGUGCUGGAGGCGGAGUUCGGCGAGUAUCCGCUGACGGCGCUGGCCCUGCCGGCCGCCGGCGGCGCCGUGGUGGUGGGCAACACGCACGGGCAGGUGGCCGUGCUGGACCUGCGGAAGGGGCUGGUGCGCGGCGCCCUGAAGGGGCUGGCGGGCGGCGUGCGGGCGCUGCAGUGCCACGCCUCCGCCCCCCUGGUGGCGUCCUGCGGCCUGGACCGCUUCCUGCGCGUCCACAGCCUGGACGACCGGACGCUGCAGCACAAGGUCUACCUCAAGUCCCGCCUCAACUGCCUGCUGCUGUCCCGGCGCCCCCUGGAGGAGGCGGGGGCGGGGCCGGGGGCGGGGCCGGGCGAGGUGAAGGAGGAGCAGGACGAGGACGACGAGGUGUGGGCGGCCAUGGAGCAGGUGGAGGAGGAGGCGGGAAAGAGAAAAGCAGAAGAACCGGAGACACAGAAGAAGACGAAGAAGAAGAAGAAGAAGUGAGGAGCCUGUGGGGCGUUCAGGUGCCAGCAAAGUGUGGGACAUUUUUAAACUUUUUUCCUGAGAUGCACCUGAACGCCUCACACACACACAUCUGCCGCAUCGAGAAAACAAACUGGGACUUGAACGCAACACAACCAUUCAUACAAACUGGUGUGUGAGUGUGUGUGAGAGAGACGUCGCUCUGGUCAUGGAGAAUAAAACAUUCUUCAGUGAGUUCAGUGGUUUUAUUGCACGGCUGUAACUGAAUGAAAUGUUACAACAGCAGAGAGAGACAGCAGCUGUGGAACUCUUCAAUCUGGUCCUAAAUGCAGACUUCAGUCUGGGUUCUACUUAGAACCUCUUUAGAGUUAGUUCAGUUUUUCUAUCGUGUUCAGUUCUAACAUGUUUGAAACUGUUAAUGAGGUGAAACACCUCUUCAUAUCCCAGAAGAGCUCUGAGCAGGUUCUAGAUAAUGUUCUACAAGACGUUUUCUCCUCCUCACAUCUGUAAACUGUUCUCACAUCUGGAGAACAUCUCAGUGGAACAAUGUAACAUUUAGUGGUAGAAAUUCUAUUUUACGAGCCGCCGAACACCUAAAAUAAAGAAAAUAAACUUUU